AUGGCCACAGCUGCUGCGAGACGAUGCCCCUUCCCCGGGCCCGACCCUCGCUUCCUCACAUCCUCCCUCGGCCUGGCGGGAGCCGGGACCGUGCGCUUUCGGCCCCACCGACCGGAGGAACCCGGUGCGGACAGCCCCGCCGGGUCUCGGUGCUCUCCCCGGGGGGGCUGCGGGGAGGUGAUUGGUGCAGACAGCGGGUGCGGCCCCGCGCCGGCUCCCGGCACCCGGAGGGGGCGGAGACCGGGGCGGGGCCCGCAGAGCUGCGGCUCCGCCUCCAGCACCCGGAAGGCGCUCCCCGCCGGGGCGGCUCGGCAGUGCCCCCGCCCGGGAGCGCGGGACUCGGGCACCGCCGGCCCCAACCUACCGGCCGCCGCCAGACCCGCACCCGCCUCUGCGCCGCACUCUCCGCUCCAACAUGGCCGCCCGCAGAGCGCCGGAAAUACCGCCCAGUUCCGCUUCCGGCUUCUUGGCCACGCCCACCACAUCGAGCCGCCCCCGCCCCCCCCUCUAUCGGCCACGCCCCUCCCGACCCUUGAGCGCGGCAACCGCGGCCCCGGGAGGGCUCGGCAGGGGGCGCCGCCGGGGCGGCUGCGGAGGGCGGAAGCGGCGCCGUUUCCAGGCAACGGGCUCCGUGUCGCCGGUUCCGGUGCCGACAGCGGGACCAUGAGCGGGCGGGCGGGGCGGCGGCGGUUGGUGCUGCACGUGGACCUGAACAACACGGUGGUGGCGACGGACGCGGUGUCGGGGCUGGGCCCGCGGGAGGCGCUGAACAUCUUCCUCAGCACCGCCACCUGGGGCCGGGAGGGGGCUGACGGUGAAUGGCAGUGGAUAAGUGACCGCCCCUCGCUGCGAGCCCCCUGCCCCGGAGCCGUCAGCUACUACUGUCGCUAUGGCCGUGACCAGGCCUUCACCGAAUCCGGCCCCGGCCAGUGCUUCAGCAGCCUCCACGCGCAGCACCUGCGGCUGCUGGAGUGGCCGGGUGAGCCCCACCAGGAGCUCUCCGUGCAGGAUGGGCACGGCAAGCACUACCACUUCAUCCUGCCCUCCUUCUUCCGCCUGCUGGAUGCCCUGCACCGGGAUGGCAGGGAUUUCACUAUUAUCUUUAGGACCUUUGGUACCGACUUGCCCCGCACACUGUUGGCCCUGCGCUCGGCCCUGGCUGGGCAGCACCCCCAGUUCCCUGCCCUGCGGGACCUGGCGCUCCCUGUGGUCCUCACUCCUGGCCAAAUACGCUGCAGUAAGCAAGAGGUUGUGCUGAAACGAGGAUCAGAACGACUCACCACCAGGGAGGAUGGAAGAAAGCUGUACGAUUACUUCAGCUCUUUGGAGGGAAUUGGAGGCUUCCAAGACCACUUUGACUGGUGGGCCAGAAAUCAAUUCUCUUCCCAGGGUGGGAAGCCCCUGUGGAUAGACCCCCGUGAUCCCAGCAUUCACCACAUCUUCAUUGACGACAACAUCCGGCUGGAUGAUGCAGACACCAUUGUCCACCCUCAGGUGUUUUCAGAGCGAGGCAGCAGCAGCCCCAGGUGUGCUCCUACCUCGGAGCUGUAUGAUGUUUGCUUGGUGCAGACCGACCUCCUGGAGGCCAUCGCCAAUGAGGACUAUUUCCUCCGCUGCGUGAGGAGGUGUGAAGAGAACUAUGAUGGUUACCUGGCCCGCAUGGAGAGCGGCUCCCUGAGCCAGCAGAGUGAUGGACAGUGAUACCACUGGGCAGACGGGGCUGGGGCCAAGGAGCUCAGAACAAGGAUACCCCAAUGCUUCCUUCCUGCUCCACAAAAAGUCCCGAGUGGGUUUUACUCUGAGCUGUCACCUCUCCAGCAUGCGAUGUGCCCUGUCCCACUGAGAGCCGCCAGGCCCAAACACAACUGUCCUGGGAGCUUGUGUGAUGGCAUCCCUUAAGGAAAUUGCUUUCCCUUCCUCAGCAGCAGUGUAGGGAGCUGGAGCCCCUCAGCAGGCAGAGCUGUGCCUUGUGCCUGCUCCUGCCAUGGGGCUGGGGCUCUCUGUGCCCUCUGAUCCUGCAGCUACAUGCAGCCAUGCCAGUGUUUGUCUCCAUUCCCACAUCCCACAGAGGCAGCCGGCCUAGAGCUGGCACCAUGGGUACGGUGUGCUCCCUAGCAGAGCUGGUUCCAUGCCACUUCCGCCUGGUUUUAAAGCAAAUCUUUCUA